CAACAAUUUCACUCUCAGCAAAGCCUUUCCAAUGCAGCUCACAACCCAGCUGCAGUGGCGGCGGCGGCGGCUGCGGCGGCAGCAGCAUCUGGUCUGCCUUCCUUUGCCUCCCACGCCGGCCUUGGUGGCGGCCAUCCGGGCUCGCUCGGUCCGCCUGGAAACGCUGCAGCCGUAGCGGCCAUGGCAGCGGGCAAUCCCAGCGCCGCCAGUCUGCUGGCGCUCUCAUCAGGAUCGCUGGCAGCAGCAGCAGCAGCGGCCGCCGGUGUUCCUCCAGGAAUGCUCGGCGGCGGCGGAGGACCAGGCGGACAUUUGGGUGGCAUGGGCGGUGGCGGUGGUGGCCUUCCAGUGGGAGCCUCCUCGCUGCCGGUGAACAGCAACAGCAAUGGCAACGCCUCGCUGAUGCCACUGCCCAGCGGCACGCCCAACUCUACGAGCAGCUCCUCAGGUCUGGUGGGAAUGAACGCCGGCUCUCAGCAGCUGGGCGGCUCUGCCUCACUCAAGGAAGGCGGCGGCAUGAACAUCGACCGCAAACUAAGUGAUGACACUCGUCGAGAGGAUAUCAAGUCAGAAAAUGCCAAAACCAGUACUCCCAAUACCUCCUCCUCCACCAAUGGCACCAACAAUGGCAGCGGUGGCAGCAGCAGCAGCAGCAGCAAGACACCAAAGCCGACGACCUCCAUCGGGCCUCCCUUUCCGUACCUGGGCCCGGUGGGUGCCGGCGGUGGCAUGAUGCCCGCCGACCUGAGCAUGGCGGCUGCCGCGGCCUACUCUCAAGGCCUCCUCUCUGGUCACAACAGCAGCGGCCUUUCUCCGGGGGCGCUGAACGCCGCCGGCUUUCCUCGUGGUCUCAUUCCCAGUGCCGUCUUUGAUACUCAUCCCUCGCUGAAGGCUGCCGCAGCCGCAGCCGCCGCCGCUUCCGGUGCUGGCGCUGGUGGUCCUGGCGGUAAGCCCGCCUACUCCUUUCACGUGGCCGCAGACGGGCAGGUCAAUCCGGUGCCCUUCCCACCGGACGCCCUCAAUGGCAGCGGCAUCCCUCGCCACGCUCGGCAGGUAAACACACUGAACCACGGAGAGGUCGUCUGCGCGGUGACCAUCUCCAACCCCACAAAGCACGUCUACACCGGAGGGAAGGGCUGUGUGAAGGUGUGGGACAUCACCGGCGGACAGACGACCAGCAAGACGCCGGUUACGCAGCUCGACUGUUUGGCACGAGACAACUACAUUCGUUCGUGCAAGCUAAUGCCCGAUGGAAAGACGCUGAUUGUCGGCGGAGAGGCAAGCACUAUCUGCAUUUGGGAUCUCAAUUCGCCAACUCCUCGAAUUAAGGGAGAACUGUCUUCACAAGCGCAGGCCUGCUACGCACUGGCCAUCUCACCUGAUUCGAAGGUCUGCUUCAGCUGCUGCUCUGACGGCAACAUUGCCGUAUGGGAUUUGCACAACCAGUCGAUGGUCAGGCAGUUUCAAGGGCACACUGACGGUGCCUCCUGUAUUGACAUCAGCAAUGAUGGACUCACACUGUGGACUGGUGGCCUGGACAAUACUGUUCGAUCCUGGGAUCUGAGAGAAGGUCGACAGUUGCACCAGCACGACUUUACCUCACAGAUCUUCUCUCUGGGCUACUGUCCGACGGGCGAGUGGUUGGCUGUUGGUAUGGAGAGCUCUAAUGUUGAGGUGCUGCACGUGAGCAAGCCUGACAAGUACCAACUGCAUCUGCACGAGAGCUGUGUCCUCUCACUGAAGUUUGCCAGCUGUGGAAAGUGGUUCGUCUCCACCGGAAAGGACAACCUCCUCAAUGCCUGGCGUACUCCAUAUGGCGCCUCCAUCUUCCAGUCAAAGGAAUCCUCCUCCGUUCUCAGCUGCGACAUUUCCUCUGACAACAAGUACAUCGUCACUGGCUCGGGUGACAAGAAGGCCUCCGUCUAUGAGGUCAUCUUUUAG